CGGUCCCGGGAGCGGGUGUUCCGAGUCCCGGGAGCCCGCGCCGGCAACCCCGCCUGCCAGGCACCCUACCGCCUCCGAAGCGGCUGCAGGCGCCCGGCGCGCAGGCUGGGGGCGCUGUGGCCUCGGCGCGGGGACUGAGCUUGCGAGCGGGACCCGCCUCCUUCCCCUCCCCGCCCGCCCCCCACGCGUCGUGUCGCCGGAAAGCCGGGAGGAGACAGAGCUCCCAGGCUCCACAGUGCUCGGCCCGCAGUCCUCCUAUCGUGCGGAGCAGAGCCGGGUGGCGACGCCGGAGCACAGACCGCGACCCUCCCCGGCCGCCUUUGUCUGGGAGCCAAGCGGCCUGGAACCGCGGCUUUCGGUGGCCGGGGACGCGCCCGCAGCGGUCGGUGACAGCUCCUCCCUCCCGGAGGGCUCCGGGACGGAGGGGCGGUUGCGCCGGGCCCUGCUCGCCCGCGCCUGCACAGCCAAGAGCUCGGACCGAUGCCCCCACAGCAGGGGGACCCCGCAUUCCCCGGCCGCUGCGAGGCGCCGCCUGUGCCGCCCCGCCGGGAGCGCGGGGCGCGUGGGGGGCGCGGGCCCGGGGCGCCUGGGGGCCGGGGGCGCGCGGGCGGCGCGGAAGGGCGCGGCAUCAAGUGCGUGCUGGUCGGCGACGGCGCGGUGGGCAAGACGAGCCUGGUGGUGAGCUACACCACCAACGGCUACCCCACCGAGUACAUCCCCACCGCCUUCGACAACUUCUCGGCUGUGGUGUCUGUGGAUGGGCGGCCGGUGAGACUCCAGCUCUGUGACACUGCAGGACAGGAUGAGUUUGACAGACUCAGGCCCCUCUGCUACACCAACACGGACAUCUUCCUGCUGUGCUUCAGUGUGGUCAGCCCCUCCUCCUUCCAGAACGUCACGGAGAAAUGGGUGCCCGAGAUCCGGCGCCACUGCCCCAAAGCCCCCAUCAUCCUCGUUGGAACUCAGUCGGAUCUCAGAGAAGAUGUCAAAGUCCUCAUCGAGUUGGACAAGUGCAAAGAGAAACCCGUGCCCGAAGAAGCGGCAAAGUUGUGUGCGGACGAGAUCAAAGCCGCCUCCUACAUUGAGUGUUCGGCCUUGACUCAGAAGAACCUCAAAGAGGUCUUUGACGCGGCCAUCGUCGCUGGCAUUCAGUACUCGGACACACAGCAACAGCCGAAGAAGUCCAAAAGCAGGACUCCAGACAAAAUGAAAAACCUCUCCAAGUCCUGGUGGAAGAAGUAUUGCUGUUUCGUAUGAUGUGGGCAGGGGACCCAGAAAGACAUUUCAGGUGAAAUCGAUAUUAGGAGCUAUAUUAGCUUCCAGGACUCCUCUUACGGUGCACAGCCUGUUUAGAGAACCUGUGUGGUGUCCCGGGGGGGGGGGGCCUCUCCAUGUGUGUAUCCUUUCUUGCCUUUGAUUUUUCUUGUUGUUUGUCUGAGCUUAGGAAUGAGACUCUUAUGCAGCGUAUUUUCGAAGUACCUUAAGCGUUUUUCAUAACGUUGGAAAUUAGCGCUCUAGACCUUUGGAUUUGAUUUAUACCUAAUAGGAGAAAGACACCUCAAAUGUGAGUGUGAAGAAUGAAAUUUUGCCACAUGUUCCCAUACAGAAUGCCGUGGUCUAGUUAACUGGUUCUUGAUCAAGGGCCAGCUAUUGGGAAAACCACUCUUUGCUUUGAAACUCCAUACUUUUUAUUCUCUCUUUUUUUAAGGAACAAAAAUCAGAAAAAAUGAGAGACCUCUGCCUAUGAAACCUCAAACCAGUCACUAUGUUAAUAUUCAGUUGCUGAAGGAUUUGAAAAUAACCAACACAACCUACCCACUAACUCUAUAGCACUGUGUAGACCAAAAAGACAACAUUGUUUAGUGGGAUUUUUCCAUUCUGAGACCAUUUCUGUUGAUGCUGUACAAACGUAGCCUGCACCUUAUGUGGACUAAAGCCAAGUGGCAGCCAGUAGCAGAUACGUUUUCUUUAGGGAGUGAUUCAUCUCGAAAUCGAAAUUGAUGUUAGCAGUUAGUCCACACGCACCAAAUUGCCCGAGCAUUAGGGAGCACCUGUCGAAUUGUUUCCAAACUUCCAUACUUAAGCUGUCCCUCCUGCAGGGGCGUGACCACUCUGGAAAAGCCUGCAGCUAAUGUGUGUGGGACACAGACGCACCUUUUCUUUAAGUAGCCCAAAGGUACUUGUACACAUGCGCGCACAUGCACACAUAUGGCUGUGUUUGCUGCCGAGUCAGACGUUCGAACAGUGAACGGGGAAAGGCCUGGCCAUAAACGCAGACCGAGGGGCCUGCGGCUUCCUCUUUCGGUCGACAUGUUUUGGAACAGAUUUCUUUUUGAUCAUACCCCGUGACUUUCGGGGUAUCCAAGCACAUUUUUGAGACCAUCUUAAGACAAAACACGAACAUCUCUCAGAACCUAUUUAAAAUUUGUUAAAACAGCCAGUUAAACCCACAGUCUGUCGCAGCAGGUCAGAGGGGUCAAAAGGGUCAGGGCGUCUGCCGAGGCCCCCAAGCGGGGUAUGUGCUGGGCCACAGUUCCCGCACUAUGCUCUGUCCUCACUGGGAGGCGGCCAGAAAACCACCUACUUGUGAAACAUCCGUAUUCUUCAAGGUGGCAGUUUUUAGGGCUUAAUCUUCUGGACGAUGGAAUUGCCACACCACAGGUGUACUUCUGAGAUACCAAAAGGUAGCCUGACCCAUUGAAUCGUAAUCCCAGAUGUGCAGUGGGUGAAGCAGACGUACCAAAACCAACCUAGUGGCAAAUCUCCGUGGAGGCAGCAGACAAGGGUUUUAUCUGUGGGCCUUGUGUUGUGUUUUAUGUUUUAAAAAAAGCCAAUUCGUGUUUUUCCAUAGAAAAAAGUAAAAGAUUAGGUUACGCUUUUAGGCUAGGGGCUUCUUUUAUUUCUGUUAGUAAAUAAAAUUAACUAAUUUCUUUGUUUAAAAAUGCAAAUACGUAGACUGCUCAUUCUUCUUUAUCCUUCAGUACAUUGACAGUAUCCAUAAUCUAAAGCAUUUAGUUAUAACCCGAGUGAAUAAAAUGUCCAUAUUUGUGGACGUGCCCCAAAAGGACCUGAGGAGAAGCGUUCUGAGCUUGUGUGCCUGGCUCCCCCAUCUGUAGGAGGCUGUGGCUGCCCCAGUGUGCAGAGGUAGUUACUUGACUGACAAGUCAUUUUAAACAGGAUUUUAUAUUUAAGCAAAUGUCAAGGAGUCCAAAGCAAAUUAAUUUCGAAGACAGAACACGAAACUUGUAUGCAAAUGAUAGCGUGCAGAAGGCCUCCCUUGGUCCCCCUGGGCGGGGCUUUGGCGACUUCUGCCUUUCGGGGGCCCUGGUGGGAAGUGGUUACUGAACAACGCCUGUGUGGCCCGGUUCUGAGGGCUUCCCAGGGGGUUAUUUUUAAUCCGGCUUGAGACGACCUGUGCACCCCGGGGACUGGCAUUUAAACGCAACAGUUUUCAAUACGUUGCAGCAGUUUAGGGAAUACUAAAGGUACAGUUGAUCAUCUCAAGGGUUUCCACCAUUCUUAUUUCUCCGUGAAAAAAGGAGAUGUGGGUGGAAAGCUUUGGAAAAUAUGUGCUUGUGUUAAAUAUAGAGCUGCUACCCUUCAAAGCACACACGUUGAACCCGAAGCUUCAUGUCCCAGAGAAGAUUUUAGUAGAGUUGUGCUUCGGAAAAUGCCACUUUUUUUUUUUUUUUUUAUUGAUUAUGCCAUUACAGUUGUCCUAUUUCCCCCCUUCAUUCCCUUCCACCCUGCACCCCCCACCCCCACCAUCCCCCUUUUAGUUUAUGACCAUGUGUCUCAAGUUCUUUAGAUUCUAUAUUUCCCAUACUAUUCUUACCCUCCCCCUAUCUAUUUUCUAUCUACUGUCUAUGCUACUUAUUUUCUGUACCUUCUCCCCCCUUCUCCUCCUCUCACCCCCCUGUUGCUAACCCUCCAUGUGAUCUUCAUUUCUAUGGUUCUGCUCCUGAUCUAGCUGUCCUCUUAGUUUGCUUUUGUUUUAAGUGUGGUUCUUAGUAACUGUGAGUUUGCUGUCCUUUCACUGUUCAUCUUUUUUAUCUUCUUUUUCUUAGGUAAGUCCCUUUAACAUUUCAUAUAAUAAGGGCUUGGUGAUGAUGAACUCCUUGAACUUGAUCUUAAUUGAGAAGCACUUUAUCUGCCCUUCCAUUCUAAAUGAAAGUUUUGCUGGAUAGAGUAAUCUUGGUUAUAGGUCUUUGGAUUCUUUGGCUCACCUCCUCCAGUGUAGGCUGUCUAAGGUUUAAAAAUACAAUAUAUUCCAAAACUGUCCCCGUGUAUGGUGGACACAAACCUUUGGGACAUUCUCUAGGCUUCACAGACAAGAGGAACCCCCCAGGUCUUGUAUACGAGGGCAAGUCUUCUUCCCAACCUGUCGUCACCUGGUGCCUUACCAAGCUGUCCUUUCACCUUUCAAGUGUAAUGACAGUGAGCAGAGCGUUGUCCUUGCAGAUGCUGUACAUGAACUGGUGUGAAAGAAAUGCUGACCUGUGGCUAGACCUGCAGGUGCCUUUCCUCCAAAAGAGUUUCCCUGGAGGGGAAUAAAAGUUCAGCCACACAGAGAAGCGGGCUGGCCGAGAAGUAUCAGGCAUGACCCCCUGGGGCAUUUGGGGAAUACAGCCCCAACCAGCAUUCAACGCUUAUUCGGUAUGGGGUUUUGAGAAUUCAGGGGUCACAGCCUGAUGUAAGAACUCUCUGGCCCUUCAUCUGUGGUGGGUGGUGGGCUGGUGUCCCAGUGAGAUGAAGGAGUGCUGUUCCUGGAGCCAGGAGCCCAGACUUGGAGGAGCACUCAGUGUGGGAUGAGGUGGAGCUAUUGGUAGGUCUGAGCCUCCGUUGCCUUGUGUGUAAACAGUAAUGCACAGGUAAACAUCUGUAUAUGCAGGUAAAUGUCCAAGAUUUCCACCACCUGUGGAGGGGAUUAGAGGUCAAAGGCACCACGAGCCCCCCAUCUUUACAGUGAAGAGCAGCAGGGCACAGGCUGCGCCAUCGCCAGUGACACUGGGAGACGCCCUCAUGUUGCAUGUGUAUUUGUUCUCAAGUUCUCGUGGUCAGUCUUGUCACCCAGAUGCGGCCCUAUAUAUACCACCGGCUGCAGGGAAUGUGGCCCCAGGGACAGGACCAUUCUGAGGGGCCAGCGUCAGCCUGUUUCCACCCUCCAGCCUCACGGGGGUGGCCCGUGCUCCUGGUCAUCUUAGUAAAGGAUGGGUCCGCCCACUCUGCUCCCCCCAGUGCCUCUGAGGCCAGGCUACAACUUUCAUAUCCAAUGCAAAUGUGAGCACUGCCAUACUGUGCAGGGAGCAACCACAGCCCACCUGCUCCUGCCCCGAAGUGUGAAAAGCCAGCUUGCCCUUCCCGGCCUCCUCCGGGCAGCCUGGUUCCAGCCCAGGGGCACCGGGAAGUUUCUUCUCACCCAGCCCCAAUCCCACCUCUCAUGCCCCGGACAGGCCUUCCCAGGACACACUGACAGAGGGCCCUGUCCAGCCACAGGAGGUCUCAGAGGGCUUCAUGGGGGUGUGUAGAUGACCUGAAGGAGGUGAGGGAAUAAGAAGUAUGUGGAAGAAAGUUUUCUGAUAGGAAUAGUAGGUGCAAAGGUCCUGAGGCAGAAAAAUGUCUGACGUGUCCUGGAAGCCAGUGUGGACAGGACAGGACUGCAGGGCAGGGAGCAGGAGAUGGAAUCAGGGAGGGGAUGAUACCAGGGAGGCAAUGAUGUUGG